CUACAGCAACUUUGUAAUGAGUGGAAAGCCAAGCCGAAGGAAGAACAAGAAUUUGAUGCAUUUUUUAGGGCUGUGUCUGCAGCAGCCAACAGCACAGGCACAAGGCUUAAAACCCGUGUGCAGAUUUUAAAUAAGGUAACUUUAUAUCACUUUAGAGUUUUGUCUUUAUGUUUACAAAUAUUUAAUUUUUAGUGUAAAUAUUUAAUACCUAGGUCUAUAAUUUUCUUGUACGUAAUGAAUAUGUUAUUGUUACUUUAUUUUAUAUAUUGAAAUGAGGUAUAAUUAUUAUAAGAAUUUUAUUUAAAUAAUUUUCUUAGAGUAAACCUUGAUGUGUCAAUAAAUGUUGGAAUAGUUUUGCACAUUUAAGUAAUAAGUCUAAUUUGUUAAAAACAAAAGUUUUAGAACUAUAUUUUAAUCAGCAAAGUUUUUAGUUCAUAAAAAUAUAAUUUGUCUCUGUCACGAAAUUAUGUUUAGAAAAGUAAAUUAUACAAUCAUUUUCUCUUUCAAUAGAACAUAAUAUACAUAUCUUCUUUAAUAUAAUUUACACCUAUAAUUGCCCAAGAUUUUCAUCUAUAAAGUACAGGCUACCAAUAUUUUAGAUGCAAAUAUUAUAUCUUAAUAAAUAGAAACAAUAGAUUUGACAAUAAACUUUGAGAUACAAUUUUCAGGCAAUCCAAGCAGAAAAUUUUGUACAUGGGAAAAGGCAUAAUUCUAGCACUACAACAAAUGUAAGGAAAAAUGUUUGACAAAAUUUUAAAAUAACAUUGUCACUAACACGAGAAGCAAUGGUUGUCAUUCUGAUUAAAUGUAUCAAAAAUUAAUUUUCAUUUCCUCAUGGCUAACAUCGGUAAAAAAUAAUUUAAAAUUCAUAUCUGAAUUAGGCCUACACUCUAUCAGUGUUUCUCAUUUUCAUAAAUUAUGAAAAAGUAGGCUACAUAUGGCUGUGCAUUUAAAGAACUUUUUUGCCUUAGAUUUUUUUUUUCCAUAAAAAGUGUACAAAAAGGAAGACAUUUCCCUCUUUUUAAACUUGAAAAGAAAAGCAUAGUCUCUUACACCUUACUUUUAAAAUUCAGGUUUUAAUUAAUUUUUUUCUUUUAACAUAUUACAUGAUAUAGCAUAAUCUCUGCCCUCAGUCUUAAAAUGCUUUAAAUGGUUUCCUGAAUUUUUAUGAAAUUUUUGCUAUUGACAUAAAAAUAAAUUUUCAAAAUGUUAAUGGAUUAAUAUGUAUUUCAAAUAAUUAUAUAUAUAAUAACGCUUUUAGAAAGUCAACAGUAAAAAGCUUAACAAAAUUAUACCAGGUUAAUACAUAUAUUUUUCUUAAAUUUGUAGUUGUUUACCACUUAAAAUUUAUUUGCUUUUUUUUCAAGUUAAAUUACAGCACUUAAAAAUUUAUUUGAGAAUCACAGCUUUGUGUUCCUUGGUCCUAUUAGGUAGAAGACCUCUAAUUUUCGCAAAAACAACAGAAACAUAUAUUACUAAACAGAAAAAAAAUAAAAAAAUUGAUGUUGUAUUUUUUUAAACUUUUAUAGAGAACUUAUCCUUUGAUGUUAGAAAAAAGGCCCUGCAGAUCUAGAUUCUAUUUUUCUUCAUAUUGAUCUCAAACUUCAAGUACUUUAUAUUUUCAAUCAGAACCCUCUGAAGCAUUUCUAAUGAUGGUUAACAUAUCUAAAAACUAUGUACCCCUUUAUUUUUUUCAUUUCCCUUUUGAAACAUAACUGAUUCAGUUUGAAUAUUCAAAAUAAAAUUUAAUAUUGGGGGAGGGGGGACUUUAAUUUUCAACAUUAAUAUAAAUGAAAAAUGCCUCUGAAAAUUUUUUUUCUGCUAAUGUCAGAUCCAAUCAUUUAAAAUAAUUUGAUUAGACUUCAUUAUUUGUAUUUACUUUUCCUCUAACUUCUACUCCAAAAAAUAAUAUAUAUUUUUAGAUAGAUCAUUCUAAACCUGCUUCACGGUUCAACACAUCAAAUUCCAAUUUUAGAAAAUCAACUAAAGUAUUUCCAGUUCCAGGGUAACAUUUGUGGGUCAAAAUUUGUAAAUAAUACAUGCACUGAAAUCUGUUUCAUUAACCUGUCACUAUUUUUCCUUUCAAAUUGCUGUGUGUAGUGUAAUCCAAAAUAAUUCUCCUUGUUAUACACAUCUUAAUUGAUGCUGCUAGUUAAAUUCAUCAUAGCUAUAUUUUUUACUAUUUUAAUGUACCGGUAAUAAAUUUUACAGCAUCUCAAAAAGUUUUCCGUACUUUUGCCUGUGAUCUGUAAAUGGUAUUUUCCCACAUUUUUAAUUUCUUUUUUUUCUCCUGUUUACCUUGUUGUUUCCCUUCCCCUGUCCCCAACCUCCUUUUUCAAUUUUUCUUAAUUACUUAAAGAGAAAAAGACAUGUAAAUCUACCAUUUUAAGAACAGCAUGAGAAAUAAGUUCAUCAAUGAUAAAUAAUAACAGAGAUUAGGCUCGAUCUUAUCAUGUAGGCAAAAGUUUAUCAAUUUAGAUAAGCUUUUACCAAAUUUAAACAAUAUUGCAGGGAGGACAUGAAAAAAAUUUGAAAUGCUAAAUAAUGGCAUAUCUUAAUAGAUUCAAUAUUAAAGUUUCUUUAUUUAAACAAAUUGAAUUAUUAUUUUAAAAUUUGCACAGUAAAAAAGAGCAGUCAUUUCCCUCCUUAAAUACUAGUGGUAAAAGUAAAAGGAAUAAGAGCAAUUUUUUCUGAUAAAAUUUAAUGAAUAGCCAAUUUUUGCCAUACACUAGAAGUCCUGUGACCACAUGAGUUUUUCUGUCAUUUCUUGACAGCUAUAAAGUAAUUACUUAUUUUCCAGCAAGAUGAUGGGGACACCGUCAGCCUGUUUGUUUUUGGGGAAGAAGAAGAAGAUCUAGCAAAUGAAGCAGCCCAAUCUAAUGGCAUCAUCGACUAUGACAAAGUUAAAAAACAUCAUUUCCCUAUAGAGAAAUCUUCACAUCAUAGUGGAAAUAAUAGCAUAGUAAGCAAC